UUUAUUAUUUCUUAGUCUUCUGUUGUUGUUCAAUAUAUAAAUUGUAUUUACAUAUGCUUGACGAUCUGGACGGCAUAGCAAUAAAAAGCGAAGCAAAGAAUACCGCGAGAAAGCGAACAACAAGAACGGAUAGAAAAAAAAAUCGAUUUGUUAAAUAAAAUGAUGAUCAAGCAUUAUCGACCGUCUUCUGCUUAAUCGUUGUUUGAUCUGAUAGAACUUUUUUUUAUUACAAAAGAAGACUUUUUUUUAUCGUCAAAUUACAAUACGGGUGAACGCGGUAGCAAAACCUGUACAUCAAGAAAUCCUUGGAAACUACUGCUAUAUAUAAAGGCCGGCGACACAAAAAUUAUUUCAAGUGUUUACAUCCAUUGUUCGCGGUGUGUAGUCAUCAUUUUCCGCUUUAGCUGGAUGGACGUCACCAAGUAGUUUGUCCAUUUAUUUUUACAUGUUUACCCAUUGAAAGUGAUUUUGAUUUUAUCAUUUACGCAUAAAAACGAGUUUAUUUUACGAUUAUUAGUUGCAAGUGCAUAUUAGUUGCAUCAUUGAAUUAAUACCAUCAAUUGAGUUGUUUGAAUUUUAAAUUGUAACGAUUUUAAAAGUGGCAAAAUGAUUUUAAGCGUAGUUGUGUACGGUGCACUAUGCACAUUUUUUACUUAUGCAGCAGCCAAAUAUCCCUCUGAAUUACCGCAAUGCCAUGCUGGAGAUACAAAAUGUUUACCCGAAGUUAUAACGGGUAUACUAUCCGGUUAUCCGAACGGUCAUCCCGGUCUAGCGAUCCCACCUUUGGAACCGCUUCGCAUAAACUCUAUCGAUAUCGUCCAAGGUGCGGAGAGUCCCAUAAACAUUGAUUUGCACCUGAAGAAUUUGGAUCUGAAUGGCAUCAGCAAGGCGGUUAUCACAAAAGUCGUAGGUUUCGAAGAGGAUAUUUUAAACAGUAAAUUCGAGAUCUACGCCAAAUUGCCACAGCUUUCGCUGCAUGGUGACUACAAAAUCAACGGUAGAGUGUUGGUGUUACCGAUACAGGGCGUUGGCAAAUCGUCACUGAAUUUCGAGAAUUUCGACAUCGGUAUCAAGUACAAGCCGAAGAUAAUCAUCAAAAAUGGUAAAGAGUACAUCCAAACGGAAAAAUUCAAAUUGGAAUUCGAUACCAGCAAAUUUUCGCUCCAUUUCUCCGAUUUAUUUAACGGCGACAAAGCGCUCGGUGACAACAUGAAUAUCUUUUUAAACGAAAAUUGGCGAGACAUAUUGAACGAAUUGAAACCGUCCAUUACGUCAACGCUGGAGCAAAUUCUGGAAGCGAUUAUCAACCGGAUAUUUGCUAAAGUACCCUACAAAGAAAUGUAUUUGCAUUAAGUGUUACAUAGUAGUGUGUGAGUGUGUAAGCUUUAAUUUAUACGAACUCUUGUUAUCAAGUUUAAGUGCAGACGUAGAUGCCAUGUAAAUUAGCUCUCUAUUUAAUGAUAACAACGGUGAAUUAUCUUCAAAAGUUUAUCCCUCCUGUUCUGCUGAGAUACUAAGCUUCGCAUAAAAGUCUACAAAUUUGAUACUCACUGUGGAAAAAAAAGUUUCGAUCAAAACGUCAAUAUUACGUAAAGUCAUACUCCCUAUCGAUGUAAUGUGUUACCUACACAUUCCGACUUUGAAACGGUAAAGUCUAUUUUUUGGAAGAUUGAUCUCUUGAAUUUGCUAAAAAAAAAAAAAUCGAAAUUUUAUUUCGACUAAUCGAUUUUCCAAAAAUUUGCCCUGACCGAGUAUGAAAUGUCCGCAGUGUUAUAUCGCACCUGUUUGAUUUUAUUUACUUAUUAUAUCAGGUUAAAAAAAUAUUAUUUAUAAAUAAUGUAAAAAGUGAUAAUAAUUGAAAUCUAAUAGACUUUGAAUAUAUAAUGUGCUUACCAUAUAUGUAUACCAAUCAUAUAAAAAUGUAAAUUGUCUUGCGAUAAAAUUAUUCGAUGUUUGUAAA